CUAUCUCGCCAUGCUGUAACAAACAUCCCGACUUCUCAUCCAACGGUCAUUCCUCUCCUCUCUCCAAAUCUCGACGGCCUAGAAUACACCACCUCUCUCAUCACCCACUUCUUCUCCUUCCUUCAUAAUAUAUAGAGAUAUGACGUCGACAUAAUGCUUCUCUUAUGCUUCUUUAAACUCAAGUGUGUGUGUGUGUGUGUGUGUUUUAGGGUUUUUUGAAGAGAAAAUGAAGCCAUAGUUGCACUUCAACCCUAGGCUCUAAAUUUUACAUUAAAGGUUUGUAGGUUUUCGUUCACGAGUGUUGUAAUAAGAGUUGUUUGCUCGGGUCCUUUAUUUUGAAGUAUUUACUUGGAUCCAAUCGGUGACUAGAAUUUGUUGCAUCAAAGUUCUUCAGAAAACAUGUAUGCAGUUGUGAAAGUAAAGGAGAAAAUAUUGUCAUCAAAUUCUCCAUGUGCAGCCUGCAAAUUCUUACGUCGUAAAUGCACACAAGAAUGUGUGUUUGCACCAUACUUCCCACCAGACCAGCCUCAAAAAUUCGCUAAUGUACACAAAGUAUAUGGAGCAAGCAAUGUUUCCAAACUCCUUAAUGAUCUUCCGGCCACACAACGAGAAGACGCGGUUAAUUCGUUGGCUUAUGAAGCCGAUGCAAGGCUGCGUGAUCCGGUUUAUGGUUGUGUGGGAUUAAUUUCGAUCCUCCAGCGUCGGUUGAAACAAGUCCAGACCGAUUUAGAAAAUGCUAAACGGGAACUGGCUAACUACAUUGGGCCUUCUGCAGUGCUUCCUAUUUUACAUCAAGGGUUUAUCCAAAAUUCGGUUCAACCUUACAACAUGCAGGCAGAGCCGGUUCUGGGGUUAUCCGGAGCUAGGGCUUUCCGCGAGGCUCAGCAUCAGCAGCAACAGCGGUCCGGGGAUCUUCUAGGGUUUAGUGGUGGGCUUGAUGGGAUUUCAGGCUCUGCCCAAGUGAAUGGUAGCGAGUUUAGCCACAUGACCACUGUCAGCGCCACCGCGGCAGCCAUGGCACCGUGUUUAUCAUUGGGUGGUUCUUAUGAUAAUAAUACAUAUCAGAUCCAGUACCAGCCACAUCACGUCCAACACCAUCAACUAUUCCUCCAGCAACAACUGCCACCGCAGAGAGCCGAGUAGUCUGGCUGGUAGGAGAGUUGGACCGUGUUCAGUGGCGGAACCAGAACUUUUUAUUUAAGGAUCAUCAAAAAGUUAUUGAGUAAAAUUUAAAAGUCAAGCUCGUGUUUUUCUUUAAAAAAUAAAAAACUCAUAUUUUAUAUAUAAAAUCCAACAAAUUUGGUGAUCGAGGGUCACCCUUGACCCUCAUUGGUUCCGCCCCUGACCGUGUUGAUUUGUGUCCUACUGUCUUGUUCCACUCUAGUUUAAAUCAAAGUUUAGUUUUAAAUGCGCUUUCUCUCUUUUUUUCUGUUAAAUUGUUGAAUUUGGAGGAUCAUAUGAUUAAUUUACUUCUUUUCUUA